AUGAGCUCGCUCGCUCGCCAGCUGCACAAGCUCGCCGUUCCUGGGCAAUCCGUUCGCUACGAUGAGCUAUUGGUGCGUCGUCAUUCUCUUCUCUUUGACGCUCGUGAAGCAGCCGAGGUGAGUAACACCAGCAUUCUCUCUCUCGCACUGAACGGCCUCGACGAGCUGCAGAGUAUCGACCUUGAAGCGUUUGAACAAUUCGAACAAAGCAUAUUUAGCGAAGAAUCAAAGACUUUCCAGCGUCUUCAGCAGACAAGAGACGUCGUACGGAGUCUGGACGACACGUUGGAGCGUUUUCUACGUCGUUUGUCGCCUUACGUCUUGCUCAAACCUGCUCACAAGUGUUUAGAAUGGUUAAUACGAGCGUAUAACGUCCAUCAGUGCAAUGCGGAUGCUCUUAUCGAGUGCGUCUUGCCGCAUCACGAGACCAAUUUGUUUGCACGUGUUGUGCAGUUGCUGCCUCUGCGCGACGAGUCAUCUCGUUGCUACACUGACGUUUAUAUGUGA